AUGUGUCUCAAGACUAAAGACAAGGAGUUGAAGUCGAGGAAUAGUCGACUCAUGAAGACAUCGUCGACAGCGAAAUCGCAUUUAUUUGACUCCAAGAAUGACAACAAGAAUCCGUUGACAGACAAACAGAGAGCGCGCGAAGAGUAUCGCAUUGAAUACCGAUUUGAGUCCAAACUGGAGUCCAAAGCGGACACCGACGCCAACCACGCCAUCAGACUUAAGGAGAGGGGCUAUGAUAUCAUCGGCGGCGGUGUUGUCCGUCGGGGAGUCUUCUCCAAAGUGUUUUCAGUUGUUCGCCAAACGGAUGGCCAGACAAUGGGCUGCAAAGCCAUCCAAAACCGUGAGAUAUGCGAGAGUUUGUCGCUGUUUAAAGAGGUGAAGUGGGAGAUCAUAAUGACCAACGCCACCAACAGUCCCCGGUUUAUGCAUUUGAUCCGCUAUUUCAACGCCUUUAUAUAUGACCGCAAAUACGCCUACAUUUUGAUGGAAGAGUGUCCGACCGGUCAGAGUCUUCAGACACGGCUGAGCGCGAGGGCCGACGGUUUCCCCGAAGAGGAGGCGGCCGUCUAUUUCCGACAGAUAGCUUUGGCCAUCAAUUAUCUCCACAUCCAGACCAUCGCUCACCGCAAUCUCAAACUCGACAAUGUGUUGAUCUUUAAGACGCCCGACGGCCGCGAUCUGCUCAAAGUGACCGACUAUUGUCUGAACCGAGUGUCCAAAAAGUCCGAUCGGGUUGUGGUCUACGAGAGAGACGCCAAACGUAUCAUUUAUAUGUCGCCACAGAUACUCAAGUUUUACGCCAAACAUCUCCGCAAGACCAUCAGAGAGCGGGGCAUUCGUGGGAUACUGACGGUUAUGGACGAGCCGUUGGCGCCCAAAGAGAAGUACAAUGAGAUCACGUAUCACUACAUAGAGGCCGACGAUUACACAGAUCAGGAUCUGUUGACACGCUUUGUGGACGCGUACGACAUCAUCGGCACGUAUACGCGGGCGAAGACCGGCGUUUUGGUUCACUGCGCGGCCGGUAUCUCGAGAUCGGCGACGAUUGUCAUCUCGUAUCUGAUGCGCGAACUCCGGAUGACAUUCGCGCAGACCAUGACUUUAGUCCGCACCGGACGUCCGAUUAUCAGUCCCAACGAAGGCUUUCAGCGACAGUUAUCUCUAUACGAGUGGAUGGGCUGUCGAUUGGACGCAAACGACCGCCGAUUCAGACAAUAUCUGUUGAAAAUGUUUGUGCCGUCCGAUUGUCGCCAAUUGAGUCAAUACUUCGAGCGAUUGCUUUAUGUCGAGAACUCGACUGCGAAUCUCCAGUUGGGGCCGAAGUAUGUGUGCAAAGAGUGCGGCCAAAAGCUGUUCCACGAAAUACAUGUCCUGAAGAAUGCGAACGCGGAUCAGAUCGCUGGCAAUCACGUGUGCGGUCGUGUCUUCAUUGAGCCGCAGCGCUGGAUCUCUGAACUCUUGCAGUCCAAUCACUCGACACAAGUGGUGACCAUAAAGUGUCAAAAGUGCGCUCAACCUGUGGCCACAUUUGUGCCACAAUUGCAGACAAAUCAGUGUAAUUGCAAACAUCACGCAAAUCUCAAUCGCCUUAAGAUCCAGAUGUUGGACAACAAGUACGCAAAGUCUCAAUCAAAUCAAUGA